AAAGAAAUCCAAGUCUUACUUUCAAAGCACAUACUUAGUCUCAACUAGGGAAUCAACAGAAGCAGAAGCGAUUUUUUUCCCCUUUCUUGACAUCUGGCUUGCGAUUGGCUGGAAGGGGGUCAGCUGACUUUGUCAUUUUGUCUGUCCUGGAUUGGAGCCGUCCCUAUAACCAUCUAGUUCCGAGUACAAACUGGAGACAGAAAUAAAUAUUAAAGAAAUCAUAGCCCGACCAGGUAAAGGCAAAGGAAUGAAUUCCUACUUCACUAACCCUUCCUUAUCCUGCCACCUCGCCGGGGGCCAGGACGUGCUCCCCAACGUCGCCCUCAAUUCCACCGCCUAUGAUCCAGUGAGGCAUUUCUCGACCUAUGGAGCAGCCGUAGCUCAGAACCGGAUCUACUCGACUCCCUUUUAUUCGCCACAGGAGAAUGUCGUGUUCAGUUCCAGCCGGGGGCCGUAUGACUAUGGAUCUAAUUCCUUUUACCAGGAGAAAGACAUGCUCUCAAACUGCAGACAAAACACCUUAGGACAUAACACACAGACCUCAAUCGCUCAGGAUUUUAGUUCUGAGCAGGGCAGGACUGCGCCCCAGGACCAGAAAGCCAGUAUCCAGAUUUACCCCUGGAUGCAGCGAAUGAAUUCGCACAGUGGGGUCGGUUACGGAGCGGACCGAAGGCGCGGCCGCCAGAUCUACUCUCGGUACCAGACCCUGGAACUGGAGAAGGAAUUUCACUUCAACCGCUACCUAACUCGGCGCCGGCGCAUCGAGAUCGCCAAUGCUCUGUGCCUGACCGAGCGACAGAUCAAAAUCUGGUUCCAGAACCGCCGCAUGAAGUGGAAAAAAGAAUCUAAUCUCACGUCCACGCUCUCAGGGGGUGGCGGAGGGGCAACUGCCGACAGCCUGGGAGGAAAAGAGGAAAAGCGAGAAGAGACAGAAGAAGAGAAGCAGAAAGAGUGACCAGGACUGCCCUUGCACCCCUCUCUCCUCCCUUGCUCAUCCCAGCUCCCCGAAUCACACACUCUGUAUUUAUCUCUGGCACAAUGAUGUGUUGCGACUUCCUAAAACAAAACAGGGAGUCAGAUGCGGACCUAAAAGUCAGCUCUGGACCCCCUCCCUCACUGCACAACUCUUCACUCGUCUCUUCCUCUAGCUCCCUCGCUAGCUCCUUCCUGGCUUGUCUGCAGGCCCUUUCCCUCGCCUAGGCCUACGGGGACCUGAACCUCACUUCAGACUCCACAGAAGUCUCUCCAAGUGAGCCCUAGGCUCCCUCCCCACCCCCGACGCCCUUCACUCCCCCAGCCCCCGCCCUCCAGCGAGCUGGCUCCAGGGCCUGGGGCCUCCACUCUGGGGCCUCAGGGCCCGGCCUAACAGCCGGAGGGCGGGAGGCCUCAGGAGGGCGUGCGCCUUGGCCCAGCAACAACCCCCAGGGCCUCACCCCAGUCCCUGCCCGGCCCCUCUGCCCCAGCAAAUGCCCAGUCCAGGCAAAUUGUAUUUAAAGAUUCCUGGGGGUCAUUAUGGCAUAUUUCGAACUGUGACCGUUUCUGUGUGAAUAUUUCUAGCUGUAUUUGUGGUCUCUGUAUUUAUAUUUAUGUUUAGCACCGUCAGUGUUCCGAUCUCAUUUUAAAAAGGAUUUAAAAAAAAAAAAGAGGGAAAAUAACAAAAAGAGAAAAAAAAGUGAAUGACGUUUGUUUAGUCAGUAGGAGAAAAUAAAUAAAGAAAUAAAUAAACCCCUACGUGUUAUCCUCCUGUAUAAAUCCGACCUCUGGAUCCGUUCUCGAAUAUUUAAUAAAACUGAUAUUAUUUUUAAAAGUUUA